GCGCGCGAGGCUCGCCGGGCGAUGGCGCCGUCUCCAUGGCGACAGCGGGGCCGGGCGGCACGAAGCGCUCCCGGUGCCCGGUUAGGCCCCGCCGCCGCGGGGGGGGGGGGGGGUUGGACCGACCCGGCCUUCCCCGGGGGAUGGGGGUUCCCCGCCGCCGGUGCACGGCCAUGAGGGUCCGGCUGAGCGCGGGGACCCGCAGCCCUUCUCGGGGGGCGCUGGUGUGCGCGGGCCGGGCUCCGCAGCGCAGCCCCGGUGACCGGUGUGGGGAGGCCGGCCGGCCCCCUUCCGUGCUCCACGUGGGGCUUGUACAAGCCCGCAGGGCCGGCGGUGGCGGGGAGAGCUCGGUGGGGUCGGGGACCUAAACCGGGGCGUCCCUACGGGGCAGCAGCUACCGCUCGGGGGUAGAACAACCCGCAGCUACCGGCUCCCCCGGAGCCCCAGCGCUGCCGCUCCUCCAUCCCGCGGAACCCCGGUGCCAGCUGCAGCGCAGCCCCCUCCCGGCUCUCGGAGCGCGGGCUUGCGCGGGGCGGGCACCGGACGGCCCGGCCCAGCCCAGCCCGCCGCCCCUCGGCCCCGCCCCGGGCCGGGCGCCGCGCCGCGGGGCUGGGGAGCACAGCGGAGCGAAGCCGUGCUGAGCUGAGCCGCGCCUGCCCAUCGCCGGGACCAGCAGCGAGCGGGGACGUCGACCAGCAGGUGAAGGAGGCCCUCAGACUGGCACCAUGACAGAGUGCUUUGACUGCGACAACUGCAAGGAGUCCUUGUAUGGGCGCAAGUACAUCCAGAUGGACAACGGCCCGUACUGCAUCCCCUGCUACGAUGCCCACUUUGCCAACACCUGCGAUGAGUGCAAAGAGCUGAUCGGCCACGACUGCAGAGAGCUGUACUAUGAGGAUCGUCAUUACCACGAGCACUGCUUCCGCUGCUUCCGCUGUGACCGUUCCCUGGCUGAUGAGCCCUUCACCUGCCAAGGAGAGGAGCUGCUGUGCAAUGACUGCUACUGCAGCGAGUUCUCCUCCAAAUGCAUUGCCUGCGAGAAGACAGUCAUGCCAGGAUCCCGUAAGCUGGAGUACAACGGACAAACCUGGCAUGAGCAUUGCUUCAUAUGCAGCAGCUGCCAGCAGCCCAUCGGCUCGCGGUCCUUCAUCCCAGACAAGAAGGAUUAUUACUGUGUGCCCUGUUACGAGAGCAAGUUCGCUCCUCGCUGCACUCGUUGCAAAAAGACCCUGACCAAGGGAGGAGUGACUUACCGGGAUGAGCCUUGGCACAAGGAGUGUUUCGUCUGCACAGGCUGCAAGACCCCCCUGGCUGGCCAGCAGUUCACCUCCCAGGAUGACAACCCCUACUGCAUCAAGUGCUUUGGGAACCUCUAUGCCAAGAAGUGCAGUGCCUGCACAAAGCCCAUCACAGGUUUUGGUGGUGGUAAAUAUGUCUCCUUUGAGGACCGUCACUGGCACCACAAUUGCUUUAACUGUGCCCGCUGCAACACCUCGCUGGUGGGGAAAGGCUUCAUCCCUGACAACGAUGAGAUCCUGUGCCGCGACUGCAGCAGCGACCUAUGAGCCUCCGAGGACACCGUGGGGCAGGGGCUUUCUCUAUUCUUCAGGGUCUUUGUGCCAGAUACCCCAACAACACUGCAGGGGCAGGGCACAAGGCACAGGAGAUGGGGGCUGACCCCGAACCACGGUGUGUUCAGGGGGUUCCUGUGCCCCUCCUGAAGGCUAGAAUACGCUACGCUAUGGCUCUGUGCAGAGUCAAAGCUAAACAAAAUUGAAAGAGAAGCUUCAAGAUCCCCCCCCCCAUUAUUUACUCUUUCCUUUUGCUUCCUGUCUGACCACAAGCUGAGCCCAGGGCCCCAGCUGAGCAAAGGGCAGCAGCAGCUUCAGCGUUGGGCUGCUGGAUCUGCACGCUGGCAGCAUGUAUUUGCUCCCCCUGGCACAGUGCUGACUUUUCUCUUUUCCCCAUGUGCUUCCCUUGCUCUGUGUGAUACAAGGCAGCAGCUCCUGGUCCGUGCAGCUUGGCCGUGCUGGCUUCCAUCGUGGAUGGCUUUGCAGCACACGUGUGGCUGGCCUGUGCUGACCUGGGCAUGAAGGCACAUGCUCUGGGGAGAGCGUGGGGGACACCAGGCUGCAGUGUGGCCAGGAAAAGAGCAUGUGUCCUGCCAGAUGGGAUCCAGCUCCGGAUUUCUGUAGCCACCUCACCAUUUGCAGGCCAGACCCUGUGCUCUGCACAGCUCCGUGGAGGUGCUCUCACUCAGGUGUGGAUGAGGAGCUCGGAUCACUCACAGGUAAAGGGUGUUCUGCCCCAUCACCUCCCUGCCCCGUUCCCAUCUGUGCCGGGAUCUCCCAGGGCUGCCUCUGCAGUGCCUGAGCUGGUGCAUGGAGCAGCCCCCUGAGAUGUGCCUGGCUGGGCUCUGGAGAAGGGUGUGCUGAAGGCUGAGAGCACCGCGGGCUUUAUUCCUGCUCCAUCCCUCCCAUGGGAAACCAUGGGAUGGGGAUUACCUUGCUGAGCCCACCCGCCAGCAGCACAGGUAACACUGCAGACCUCUGUGGGGCUGUGUCUGUGCUCAGUGGGAGCACGGGAGGGGAAGAUCUGGGAAUGUGGGGGGCAGUCAGGGGGGCAGUCGGGGUGUCCACAGCCUGCUCCUGCCAGGGCUGUGUCUCCCCUGCGAUGGGCAGAGCGCAGCAGCUCCCCCCCCGCCACGCUCGUCCCUCGCUGUGUCCCAAAGCAAAGGUGGCGCCUGAGCUCCCCUGAGGAGGGGCUUUGCAUCCCCCAAGUCCCUGCACUGGCCCGAACUGCAAAAUGGGACAUCUUGAGCCACCCCGGACUCACACGAGGGCUCGAGCCAUCCUUGCCCCAUGGCUGAGCUGCCCCCGGGCCCCUUAAGACCCCCCCCUUCAGUGGGAUGCUCCUGCUUGCCUUGUCCCUGCAUCCCUUUUGCUUCUGUCUUGCUGGGGCACUUACGCUGACCCCGCUUUCCUGCUUAGACAACCAUGUACUUCUCUGAAAGCAUCUUCUUGUGUUUGGUUUUUUCCCUUUUGUACUCUUUUGUCACCAAUAUCUGUCAUUUUAUAACCAACUGCAGGAUGAAGGGGCAAGCCCCCCCCCCCCCCGGCUUCACUUAGGAACAGAAAAACCUGUUAAAAUGUUAUGCAUGUUGAAGUGUUAUUAACUCUGUAUUCAGACCCUUGUUGAACCCUCGUUUGAAAGCUUUGAUGCAGGCAAAUCAGAGUUUGUGUGUUUGCUAUUCUGAGGAGCUUGGGGCAGUCUCAAGAAGGAAGUGUCCUAAACCUCAUUCUCCUGUGUAUUUCCUAUGGCUUUAUAUAAUAAACCCUUUUAGUGAUGCUU